UGUCACCACCAAAAGCCAAGGGCAGUUUGCCAAUUGCAUUAGGAUAGUAUUGGUGCUGGGUUGGCCUUCCUUCACCAAUCCACAAUUUCUUUCACUUUUGCUGCUUUUUUCACACCCAUUUUUAGUUUUUACAGCAGGCAGUGAGAUCAGAGAAAGAUCACACUCGUAGCUCGUCCAUCUGUGACAGUGUGAUGUAUCUUAUCUUCAGUUCGAAGCAAGUUUUCGUGUGCGGUGAAAGUUGCAACUGCAGAGGCAUUGUUCGAGAUGUAGGAGCGGUGGUGAUGGUGGUGGUGGGGCUCCGAGAAUCCUGUCCAAGAAAGAAGAAGGCGAGAAGUGUGAGAAAGCAGCAAGAGAACAACAAUGCACAAGGAAUUAAUGACCUUUGCUUCUCUCUCUAUCUUUUUUCUCGCUCUUUUUCGCCCUGCUUUAUGUGAUUUCUUUGUUCUCUCUAUUCUAUCCUUUUGAGAGGUUUGUAGUUGAACUGUUUUGCUUUCCCCGGCCUACUGCUGAAAGAUUCUCCCCCUUUCAGGUCAAAGAAGUGAAAGCAAAAGGAGGAAACAAUUGAGAGGAGAGGAGAGGAGAGAGGUGGCUACUGACAUGGAUGCAAAAGAGGAUGCAUGCUGGCCCCCAGCUGCCCCAUGCGCCAUAUUCCCUCCCCUGCAUAUUCGCCGAUUCGCGUAUCGAUACAUGUACCGCCGGAGAAGACGACGGAGGAGGGAUAUAUCUGAGUAGUGGAGUCCAAGGAAAGGAACCAACUGAGCCACUGAGCCAGCCUAUAAGAGCCCGCGCGCGGCUCGCAGCGGCAUCGAUCGCUUGCGAGGUUGUUGCUGCCGCUGUCGUUGGCCAAGAGCUCGCUGUCGCCGGAGUAGUCGUUGUUGUCGUCUACGCCUCCGGCUGCCGCGGCUUCUCAUGCUGGCCACGCCGCUGACGCUGCGAUACCGCGCACCGUGGUGGGCACGCUGGAAAUGUCAUCGUGGGGCCAACAGCACGGCGAGGCCAGGCCGCGGCUAAGGUGGACGCGCCAGCUGCACGAGCGGUUCGUGGUCGCCGUGUCCGAGCUCGGCGGCGCAGACAAGGCGACACCCAAGUCCGUGCUGAGGGCCAUGGCCGUGCCGGGGCUCACGCUGUACCACCUCAAGAGCCACCUCCAGAAGUACCGGCUGGCGGUGAGCCACGGCGUCGCCGCCACUCUUGGCGGCAACGGAGAAGGCCCGAACGACCAGUCCUCUUCCUCAGAGACCCAGACGGGCGAGUACGACGAGGAUACCAUCACCGAGUUGCAUCGUGCAUUUGCAGAUGGUGAUGGCGCCGGUACUAAGGAAGCUCUCUGUGAUUAUUCCAGGAGCAUGGCGCGGACGCAGAGGGAGGUCCAGAGGAAGCUGCAUGAACAGAUCGAGAGGCACCUGCAGCUGAGGAUCGAGGCGCAGGGGAGGUACCUACAAUCCGUGCUGCACAGGGCGCAGGUGGUCCUCGCCGACCACAUGCUGAACUCGCCGGCCGGCACGGAGGCCGCCAAGGCGGAGCUCUCGGAGCUCGCCUCCGCGGUGGAGACAGGGUGCCAGUCCUCCUCAUCCUCCCUCUCCACUUCCCCGCCGUGCCACCGCUCCGCCGACAGCUGCGUGACGUCGUCGUCCUCGGAGGCCGAGAGCAAGGCUGCCGCUGGCUCCAAGAGGCUCUGCACGUGCACCAGUGCGCGCGACUGCACCGUCGAGCAGACGAUGCAUGGCAAGAGAACCUUGCUGCAGAGCCAGCAGCAACAGCUGGGCGGGGCAGAGGAAGCAGAAGAAGCAGAGGAUGGCAGUUCGGGGAUUGAUCUGAACAGGUAGGGAAGAACAAGAAGAGAAGCAUCUCUGCUGUGCUGUGCAUUGGAACAUGGGGGUGAUUGGUGGGGUGGCCUUCAAGAUUGGGAUCAGGCUUUGCAGAAAUGUCUGCUGUUGAAGCAGCUGUGCUACACUGCUACUGCACUUCUCAUUCCAAUCUAUAUGAUAUAUAUGAUACAUGUAUUACUUAUGCCUAUGCAUGCAUUUGGUACUUAUGUUUCAUGUACCUGUAAAUAAUUGUGAUUGGAAUUGGAGGCAAGCAGGGCCAGCUGCAGAGAGGCACGCAGCAUGCUUGAUGUGCAAUGCAAAGAUGUAUAGAACUAUCGUAGUACAAUAUGGGGCCAGUGAGAUUGAUGCUUUUGAGGGCAAUGUGAUGAAAGCUGGAAAUGGUUUAGAAUGUGAAGGAGGAUUAAAUUUUCA